ACAUAAAAUUGUGAACGUAAACGUAUAAAGUAUGAAAAUAAAUGCAUUAUUGUAUGUAUAUAGACAGACACCUCUCUCCUUCCAUUCAUUACAACAAACAAACAAAGAAAAGUUCAAAAUAGCGAAAAUGUUUAGUUUUUUAGAUAACGAUAAUAGAGGUGUUAUACUGGAAAGAGCUCAUUGUAUUGCUUCUUUAUGGCAAAAAAAGACUUAUCAUCGUUUGAAACUUCAUGCUUGUGAUUAUUUUAAGUCGUCUCGUCGUAAAAUCCGUGUUGUUGACAUUGGUUCUUUGGAGAAAAUCAGAUCUGGGAAAGUUGAGGUUGUUCCUGGAAUAUUCAACAAGUUUUCAUGUGCUACUAGUACUGGCUUACGCUCUGACCCGAGUAGCAUGGGGCACGUGGAAUCCCGUGUGAAUCAGCAAGGACCACGCAAUGUUCCGUAUUGGCCAAAGUUUAGGUUCAGAUUGUUGAAGAUUUUUGGGAGGCGUCAUUGUUGAAGGCUUGGAUUCUUGCUUUCAUCCAAGGAGGGUAGGUCCUCAACUCUCGAGGACAGUGCCAUAAUGUAGCUUUGGAUUUUGUUAUGAGCUUAUUGACUCUAUCAUUCCUUUUCUUGUUAUUUGAAUAUUGUUCUUUUUUACGACCUAUACAUGGUCUUGUUGAAUUGAUGUAAGGGUUAUGCCCAAAUUGUGAUAUUCGUUUAGAUGGUAUGAGAUGAGAUUAUCAUUGAGACUUUAUUCCAUAUUCUUAUAUAUGUAUGUGCAAUAAAAGUAGAAGGCUAUGUAACCUUAUUAUAUGA